UCCUGCCUUGAGUGUUCGUGCAACGCUGCCCCUGCCGCGUCGUCUUCUGGACCGCUUCUCCACUCCGCCCAGCUCGCAGUCGCAGCUCGCUCAAAGCAGCACAGCAGCAAGCAGAAGGAAGAAAAAGAGCAGCGAGAGCCGAGAAGAGAAGCGCGCCGCCGCUCGAGCUCAUCCCGCCGCCGGACACACCGCAUGGCCAUGAGGCACAGGGCGCGGUCCUCCCCCACCUCCCCGCUCACCCCGUCCUCCAGCGCAAGAACAAACAAGAUACUUGGUUUCUCUGUAUCUCUCAUCCUCAUCAAUCUGGCUUCAAUUAUGGAGCGUGCUGAUGAGAAUCUCCUUCCAGCAGUUUACAAGGAAGUCAGUGCAGCCUUCAAUGCUGGUCCUGCAGAUCUGGGAUACCUCACCUUUGUAAUGAACUUUCUGAAGUCAAUAGCAUCUCCCUUGGCAGGUAUCCUUGCUCUGCACUAUGAUCGGCCAAUAGUGCUUGCAAUAGGGACUGUUUUCUGGGCCUUAUCAACAGGGGCUGUCGGUGUUAGCCAGCGUUUUGGGCAGGUUGCAUUCUGGAGAGCCGUAAAUGGCCUAGGGCUUGCCAUUGUAAUACCAGCGCUUCAGUCGUUCAUUGCUGAUAGCUAUAAAGAUGGUACGCGUGGUGCAGGGUUCGGUUUGUUAAGCCUCAUUGGCGCUGUAGGUGGUAUAGGUGGUAGUAUUUUGGCAACAAUCAUGGCUGGAAAGGACUAUUGGGGAUUCCCAGGAUGGCGUGUUGCAUUUAUGAUGGUCGCACUUGUCAGCUUGAUAAUUGGAAUUCUUGUGUACUUAUAUGCGACUGAUCCAAGAAGAAUACCUGGCAAUCGCCUUCUUGACGAAGAUGAGUAUGAGAGGUUGCAUCUAUCAAGCAAAGAUGUUCUUCCUCCGCCUUCUAUCUGGAGGGAUUCUUGGGUGGCAACAAGAUCUGUCAUGAAAGUGAAGACGUUUCAGAUCAUUGUCCUGCAAGGGAUCAUUGGCUCGUUGCCGUGGACUGCUAUAGUUUUCUUCACAAUGUGGUUCGAACUCAUUGGUUUUGACAACAACAGCUCAGCAGCACUGAACAGCCUCUUCGCCAUCGGGUGUGCCAGCGGAGCAUUUAUUGGCGGGGUGAUAGCAGAUCACCUGUCAAAGUACUUCCCAGAUUCGGCACGGGUCAUGUGUGCCCAGUUUAGUGCCUUCAUGGGCAUCCCGUUUUCUUGGAUCCUCCUCACAGUCAUCCCCCAGUCAGUUGACUACUGGUAUGCCUUCGCCGUCACGCUUUUCUUCAUGGGCAUCACGAUAAGCUGGUGCGCCACCUCGGCAAACAACCCCAUGUUCGCCGAGGUGGUCCCUCCCAAGCACCGCACCAUGAUCUACGCCUUCGACCGCGCGUUCGAGGGCUCAUUCGCCUCGUUGGCUGCCCCUGCCGUGGGCCUAAUCACCGAGAAGAUCUAUGGCUAUGAUACCAAGACCGUGAACCUUGCGAACGGGUCAGCGGAAGGGGCGUACGCGCUCUCAAGGGGGCUGCUGACCAUGAUGAUCGUGCCUUUCGGUGUGUGUGUCCUGUUCUACAGCCCCCUGUACCUUGUGUUCAAGCACGACAGAGAGAACGCUAAAUUUGCCAGCUUCAAGGAGCAGGAGCUAGUAUGAUCAAUGAUCAUACGAAUGUGCUUCCUUGGUCCGCAUUCAUAACCUCUCGUCAUCCCGGGCUGGAGCUUUGCGUGAUGAUUAUGAAGAUAACUGCCUUGAUCGGCAUUCAGAACAUCUGGUCAUACCGUCCUGGGUCAUUCUGAGUUUCUUGUUGAGAUUAUGGCAAUUGUGCCACGGAGAGGUGUGGAUCAACGUUUGUUCUGGCAGAUUUUGAAGAUUGUUAUAAGGCGACCUUUUUUUUUGUGCUGAUC